UCACACGGUCCUCCACUGAGCAGUCUGCUCCCGGGUCUCCACGGACGCUCCGCUGUCUGGAUAUUGUAGCCGCUUUUUCUUUUUCUUUCUUUUUUUUAUUCCUCCUGGAUUAUAUUCUUCAGAUGGUUUUCAACUACCAACCCGAUGCAUAGAAAUGGGUAAACUGCACUCGAAACAUGCCGCUAUUUGUAAACCGAGGGAGAGUCCAGAAGGCGACAGUUUUGUAGUCAACGCCUGUUUGGCGAGAAAGGGCAUCGACGACUGGCUCCUGAAGCAGAAAUACUACUGCACGAGCGCUCCAGCCCUCGAGCGACAGGACUGUCACCACAAGGAUAGCUGCGGGUUGCGUGCACGGCAGGAUGCCAUGGACGAAGCCUGCGCAGAGAGGAUCGGGGAUGAACACUACCGUCUGGAAGUGGCUUUACCCCCAGAGAAGACGGGCAGAUGCUGCGUGGAGGAGAAGAUGCAGCAGAGGGACAGCCAAUCACCCGCAGGGCCGCAGAAACCGCUCCAGUUUGAAGAGCUGGAGUGCGCGGUCUCUGUGGAGGAGGAUAACCGACAGGAGUGGACCUUUACUCUUUACGACUUCGACAACAGCGGCAAAGUCACCAGAGAGGACAUCACCAGCCUCCUGCACACCAUCUACGAGGUCGUGGACGCCUCCGUCAACCACUCCCCCAGCAGCAGCAAGACGCUGCGGGUGAAGCUGUCGGUGGCUCCCGACUCCAGCCAGCGUUGGAGGAGUUGCACGCAGGGCGCGGCAGACAUGUACCAUCCCAGGGAGAAAAACGACAAGUGCAUAGAAGACCCCAAGAGUGCCGACAAGAAGACUCGAGCCCUCCAAAGGCGCCACCACACUGACCACCACGCCCAGCCCGGCUGCCAGCGCCACUGCGUGGAUGAGAACCUGGAACGCAGGAACCACUACUUGGACCUGGCAGGCAUCGAAAACUAUACGUCCCGCUUUGGAGCCGCUCCCACCCCAGAGCCGACGAAAGCGGAGCCUCCGACCCGCUCGUCCAACCAGACUCGCUCUCGCUCCCACGAACCGGAAAAUGGCCACGCCCACUCCCACCACCACCGCCGCCUACAGGCCGUUGUGGACGCGGUGGCGCCCGUCAGCCUCCACCCGGCCCGCACGCGAGUCGGGCCGGGAGUCGCGUCGGGGAAGCACGCCCUGCGCUCUCCCAAGACCCACGGCCGCACGCCCCCCGCGCAGAUCGGGGGCGGCAGGGUGAUGCGAAGCCGAGGCCUCCCGCCUCCCGCGGCGCUGCCCAGCCAGACGCCCCCGCACCAGUCCACGGCCCCCUACCGCAAGCACAAGCAGCGCUCCAAGGAGAGCAGCCAGGGCUACAGGGCCGCGGGCGCCCUGGCUCCGGGGCCAGUGGUGGAGAAGGAGCAGGUGAGGGACCUGCCCGGCGUGCUGCUGUACGAGGGGGGGCUGGCACAAAUGGUGCAGCGGCAUGAGCACCACCACCACCACGAACACCAUCACCACUACCACCACUUCUACCAGUCCUGAAUCUCCGCCCCACAGAACCCGACCGGGCUCCUCUCCGUGGCGCCUUGGCAGUGGAGGCGGGGCGCGCGCCGGAGAGGAGGAUCAUGGGAAGGGGGCUGAGAGGUUAUUAAUCAGUGUUACAAAGAGGUUGGUGGAACAUGACAGAGCUCGGGUAUGCAGCGUUAUAGUGAUUUAGGACCAAAGUGGGACUUAGGAUCACGGCCGGAGCCCCGAGAGGAGGCGCAGAGGGACAAUUUGAUUAACAACCCGGAAGUUGCUCUCAACCCUUCGGUCCUCCUCCGGUGAACUCUGAGGCUCUAAACCAGCACCAGGACCCUUCCAGACCCAAAAGGUUUUUUAAGGACAAAGGAAGGAUGACAGGAAGAGAGACUGUGAUGUAAAAUAUAUGAAAGAAUACAGGUGAUUGGAGAGUCUGGCAUACUGUGUGUGUGUGUGUGUGUGUGUGCGCUGUACAAAGAAUGCCUGUGUGUAUGUGAGUGUCACGACACUGGUGUCUGUUGAAAACCACUUGAAGUGCGCUCAUGGGUGUGUGAGUAUUUAAAGCAGGCCGUCUGGCAGGUUUUUGAAUAUGAAAAUGAAGAUUCUGAUUCAAGCAUGCGAUGCCAUGUAAGCAAAAAGGGGAAGGACAGAUGUUGAAAUGUUAUAUAGGAAAAAAAGAACAGAGAUCCCAAAUUCGCUGCUACCUCUAAUGUUAUCCUAAUUGUUAAUGGUGAUGUAAUGCCGACUAAACAUUCAGAGGUUAUUUUCAAAUUGUGUCAUAAUCUGCAGUUAGUCCAUUGACUAGCCUUGACUGUACAUAUGGUAUAUAUAUUAUCAAUUGUAUAAGCUUUAUUGAUAAUGUGAUAUCUUUGUAUUCACAAUUCAAAGCUUUUAUGGAUGUUUUCCUUAUCAAUUGCAUUUUAUAAGACUAAUUGGAGUACAAAAAUGUACAGUCGCACUCUCCCUCUUUCUACGUUCUAUCCUUGUGAUUUGAUACCUUAGUGUGAUCAGGUCCUGAAAUCCCUCCUGAUAUUGUCUCACCACAUACAACCCUCAUGCUGCUCAGGCAGUGUAUGAAGUGCCCGGUGACUGAAAGAACAUUUCUUAAAAAAUGCGUAUUUGCAGUGUAUAUCAGUGUGAAGUUUGGCCUUUUAAGGAAACUUGCCUCAUUUUUAUUUUUGCAGGCCCGAUCCAAGCGGCACAUCUUUUUUCAGUUUCACUUUGGUUUUUUUUUUGACUU